AUGAAAGGCAUCGGUGUGACCCUCGCCCUCCUGUUCCUCACAGGAACCCAGGCACGCCACUUCUGGCAGCAAGAUGAACCUCCGCCGGACCCCAUGGAGCACCUCAAAGAACAGUGGCAGAAAUUCCUGGACGCCACCAGGGAGAGCGCCAGCAAGCUGGUGGCCCAGUUGGACGCCUCCAGCCUCAGCCAGCACUUAAACAUGGAUCUGGCUACCAAGGCGGAGAUGAUGGCUGCCGUGGUUGGACAGGUCCAGGAGCACAUGGCCCCCGGCUACCAAGCGAUCAAGGAACGCCUGCAUGCCGAUUACCGGGAUCUGACGACGGACCUGGAGCCCAUCCGGGCCAAGAUCAAGCCCAUGAUGGAUGACCUCCACACGAAACUGUAUGAGGAGGGGCAGGCUUACUACGCCAAGCUGAAGCCGCUGGUGCAGGAGUGGCGUCAGAGCGUGCACCAGGACAUGGAGGUGCUGCAGAGCAAGGUGGAGCCCGUCGCUGCUGAGGCCCGGGACAAGGUGCGGGUGCUGGUGGCCGACUUCCGCCAGAAAGCGAAUCCCUACUUGGAGGAGAUGCGGCAGGCAGUGAGGCAGAAGCUGGAGCUGGCCAAGGAGCGGGCCGGGACCCGCUUGCAAGAGUUCCACGCCAUCCUCCAGGAGCAACUCAGCAACUUGCGCGAGGCUGCGGCCCCAUUGGUGCAGGGCAUCCGUGAGCGGAUUGGGCCAGCCUUGAAGGACUUGCAGGACCGCAUGGUGACCUGGAUGACCGCCAUGCAGAAGCACCUGGAGCAGCAGCAGCAGCAGUCCUAG